CUCUUUCUCUGAUAGUUGAACCGAGUGCGCCCGAACCAUUGUUUACAGGCGCAUACCAAUUUUUUUUUAACUAAUCGACGAUUCGACAAAUUGUUUUUAUAUCGAGUUGCCCGUCCAUCCUUUUUUGAACUUUCAUUUAUGCUGUCAUCGUGACCCGAGGUUGCCUUUUUUAAACCAGACAUCUCCUAGUUUGAUUCUGUUUUAUAUAUUUUUCGUCGUUAUUUUACCAACCUUUCUUCUCUUUACUGUCAUAUUUCUUCUUACACUGUUUCACUAAAUAUGGCUAGUUAUCUAUAUCAAGAUCAUCAUAGUACGGUUAGCAGUACGGUUUCCCCUUGUUUGUCGUCGUCCAAUGAUGACAUCGAUUUCAUGCUCUACAACUAUCUAAAACCCCAUUACCAGCGAACGGAAUCCGUGUACGAUCCUCAUGUGGAAACAAUCUUUACGGAAACCUCCAAGGGGGACGACAUGUUCACCACGUUACGUCCGGAUGCCAGGGUCCAGCUUCAACUCAACACUUUUUCUGAUCUGCAAUCGGCUCUUAGAGACAUUGGCCAUCUUGAACCCGUGGUCGAGCAAGAAGCAGCACGCACAGACACUCCCUAUUAUUCGCUCAGCCAAACCGGGGCCAAAGACCCUUCCUCCAAACGGAAAAAACGCAGAUGCCAUGCCACAUGGUCAACCGAGGAAGAUUUGGCGCAUCUGCACAGCACAGACUUUCAAGUUCCGUCGUCGGUCAAGCUGACCAUUGAAAGUUCCCACAUGCUCGAAAGUCUCAUGCAUCGCGCGGUAUCCCACUGGUGCUGCAUAGGGUUCAAAGUCGCUCCUGUGAGCUUGGAUCUUAUCCGAAAUUGGCACUGCGCUCCACCCACCAUUGCUUACUGCGUCGCCUCCAUCAGUCUCGUUACCUUUUUGGAUCACGAUGCCGGCCAGUCAUUUGUAAAAGAAGCGGCCAUGGUGUUUUACGAACAAGCGCGACAGAAAAUGGAUGAUGUACUCUUUGAUGAUAUGGAACCGCUGAUUAUUCAAUCCUACUUUUGUCUCAGCUACACUUCCAACCUCUUGCGGUUAUACGAGCAACAACGUACGUGGGGCGGCUUGGCCUCAAUUGCUCUGCAACAACGGGUACGAGAAACCGCAAACCGAGGUCCCAUGGACGAAUCCACCAUGCAAUGCUGGUUCCGUUGGUAUUACGUUGACGCAUGGAUGUCGCUGACUUUGAAUAGGGAGUGCCUGUUACCCGACAAGGCAAUGAUAGACAUCACGCAACCUUCCCACUACCGGUCGCCGGCCGUCACGACUUCAUUCACAUCCAACCCUGUCAGCAACAAUGUCUACCAGUUUGCCGCAUUGACGCAAUACAUGCGACGAUAUAUUCGCGCCAUGCAAUCCGGCGCCAUCUUUGCACAGCAUAACGGCGAAUUACAACCUUCACAGGACUACUGGACAAUUACUCGGGAACUCAAAGACUGGUACAACCGGCAGCUGAUGGUGAGCUCUCAACGGGUGCCCGAACGAACGCCGAGUUUCUGCCCUGGAGUCGAUGUCCAUUUACAUUUAUGUUAUAAUGCAGUGCGACUGGUCGUACUGUAUCAAUUUCUUCAACCGCACCAUCCGCCACCCAAAGAUAUUCUCAUUGAUUGUUUGGAAACCAUUUUAGCCGUAUUUCAAGCUCUACAGCAUCUCAAAGACAUUGGAUGCGAUCAAAGCACUUAUCAUCACAUGUUUUUUGCCAUUCACAAUACCGCCAAACGCAUCUAUCAGUAUGGAGACGAUGACACCACGGCGACAUUCCGUGCUUAUGCCCGAGAUCAGUUACGCAUGAACUUGGUCCUACUUCGUGGUACGCAGGCGUACGUCAACGAUGUGUUCAAGAUGCGAUUUUAUGCCGCCCGUAUCGAAGAGCAAUUCCAGCACCUUGGCAUUCCACUGGACGGGUGGAGUGGCUACGAAAACGGUAGUGACCACCACCAAGCACACACUCUUCCCGGUACCUUUGUCUUCCGAUUACAACCUCUUUCGCAUAAAUCUUACACCAAGCAACGCUCUACCAAACGCAAUCCUUUACCGGCCACACUGCCUGUGCAUCAUUCCCAUCCUUGUAAUCAACUUGUAGGCACAUGGUAGCCUCAUAAUAGAUGAGGUUUUGUUUUUUUAGGGUCUUUAUUCAUUCGUUUAUUGCUGCAAUUUUUAUAAUCGCAUUUUUUUAUGCGCAUUCGUUAUUUAUUUUUUUUUAAGUUAAAAAAAGUUAGCCAUUAUCGUUUGAAUCUUUAUUGCAACUUAUUAUGAGCAGCGAAGACAAAAAAAAAGUCUUCAUUUUUUUAUUGAAUAAAAG